CAAAAAUACCAGAUAAGCUUGCCAUUCUUGAAACUUAAAUUUAUUUGUUAUGAUUUCUUCCGCGGAUUGCUCUCCGAAAAUUUGGUGAAUUAGUUGGAAUAAAGCUGAUUUCAAGCUGAAAAGUAUGCGGCGUCAUUUACAGUGGAGUAUAAAACAACUAACGGCCAGUUAUUCGGAUGGUCAGCUGUCUCCUCGCCGGGUGACUGAAGAAGCUCUGCAAGAUGCCCUUAGGUGGAAGACCCUAAAUGCCUUUGUGCGCCUCACGCCGGAACAGGCGGCCCAGCAGGCCCAGGAAUCGGAGGAGCGCUAUAAGCUAAGGCAACCGAUUAGUGAUCUUGAUGGAGUCACCAUUGCCAUAAAGGACAACUUUUGCACCAAAGAUGUUCACACCACCUGUGCUUCUAGGAUGCUCGAAGACUUUGUGCCGCCCUACGAUGCAACUGUGUGCUCCCGACUUAAGCAAGCCGGCGCUGUAGUCCUGGGAAAGACCAAUAUGGAUCAAUUUGCCAUGGGCGCCGGCACAGUAGACUCUCUGUUCGGACCGACUAAGAACAUCUGGAGCGAAGACCUUGACAAGGAUCACUGGCGCAUCGCGGGCGGAAGUUCCGGAGGCUCUGCAUCCGCCGUGGCCGCGGGUCUUUGUUAUGCAGCAAUUGGUUCGGACACAGGCGGCUCCACUCGAAACCCGGCCUCAUACUGCGGUGUAGUGGGCCUAAAACCUACCUACGGCCUCGUCUCCCGCCAUGGACUCAUCCCACUAGUCAAUUCCAUGGACGUGCCCGGCAUUUUCGCCCGCUCCGUUAGCGAUUGCGUAGCGGUACUGAAUACAGUGGCAGGGCAGGAUCAACUGGACUCUACAACGAUCAGGAAACCUUUCAUCAGGCUGAAUCUGCCGGAAGUCGGGCAAAUUGACCUGAGCACUGUGCGCAUAGGAAUACCAAAAGAAUACCAUUGCCACGGUCUUUCCGCCGAAGUUCUGGAAACGUGGUCUAAGGUGGCCGAUCUCCUGGAGUGUAGCGGUGCAUCCGUCAGACAGGUUUCCUUGCCCAAUACGGCAUCAAGUAUAUUCGUGUACUCCAUUCUUAAUCAGUGCGAGGUGGCCAGCAACAUGGCAAGGUACGAUGGAAUCGAGUACGGCCAUCGGGCAUCAGACGAGCGCAGCACGGAGCAGUUGUAUGCCCUUUCCAGGGCCGAGGGAUUCAACGAGGUGGUGAAGACACGCAUUCUUACGGGAAACUUUCUGCUGCUGAAAAAGAACUAUGACCACUACUUUGAGAAGGCAUUGCGGGUGCGCCGCCUUAUUGCAGAGGACUUUGCUAAAGUGUUUGAUUCUUCGGCCCAAGAAGAACGCGUGGAUAUCCUACUUACACCGACCACUCUUACGGAGGCUCCGCUGUACAAGGACUUCGCCUCCCUGACCAACAGAGACCAGUGUGCCGUUCAGGACUUUUGCACUCAGCCCGCCAACAUGGCUGGGAUUCCCGCCGUGUCUAUACCCAUUCGUCUGUCCCGGGCAGGAUUGCCCUUGAGCCUUCAGCUGAUGAGCAACAGCCUCAACGAGCAGUUACUGCUUACUGUGGCACGAUGGAUAGAGGCGCAGGUGGAAUUCGACAGCCUGGAGCACACCCAAGAGUAUAAAAACAGUUUAUAAAACUUUGAAUAAAUCCUGUUUAAUUGUUAAGAGGGUUUCCU